CACUGGUCUCUGAUUCCCUCACUAAUAGGAUUGACUCACGGUCCAUUGCUGUCCUCUUGUCAGUGUCGUGUCCCUGUCGAAAGCAAAUCCCCCGCAGCUUCUCGCCGUGCUGUAACUGACAGUGAGUCACCGUCGGCGGGGGGCACAGAGGAGGCUGAAGCGGCCUGACGAUGAGCUGCGGCGCCGGCAUCGACUACAGCGUGUGGGACCACAUCGACGUGUCAGACGACGAGGACGUGACAUGUCCGUUCGUGGACACACCGAGUCUAUUCAGAAUGAGACACCGGGCCAGGCUGGAGAAAAUGGCCAAUCUCCAGAAGAAAGGGGAAGACCUGGAGAACAAUUCUGCUGAGUGCAAGAAGUCUUUAGAGGAAGCCCAGGGACAUCUUAGACAGCUAGAAGAAGGAAGCACGGAGGGAGGAGAGGAUGGUGAUGAGGAGAGACAGGCUGAGCUGAAGGAAGUCCAGGCCAAGUUGACAGAACUGAAGAAGGAUGAAAGGAUGUUUAAGAACAUGAUUAAGGAAUACCAGCGAGAUAAAAAGAAACUUCCCUGGAAUGUCGAUACAAUCAACAAAGAAGGAUUCAGCAAGAGUAUACUCAACAUCAAACCUGAGAAAAAGGAGGAAAAGGUGGACAAGAACAAGACUAUUGUGGACUUGUAUGCAGAGGAAAUCAAACACUUUGGUAUGCUGCGACGCUGGGACGACAGCCAGAUGUAUCUGUCGGACAACCCACAUCUGGUGUGUGAAGAGACGGCCAACUGUCUCGUUGUCACCUGUAUUGACUUUGAGAUUGAUGAGAAACAAGCAUUGAUGGAGCAGGUGGCCCACCAGGCCAUCGUCAUGCAGUUCAUCCUGGAUUUGGCUCAGACACUGAAGGUUGACCCCAGAGGCUGCUUCAGGCAGUUCUUCUCAAAGAUUAAGACUGCGGACAAGCCAUACCUUGACGCGUUUGACCACGAACUGGAGUUGCUGAAGGAGCGAAUCCGCAGAUGUGCACGGAUUCGCAUGGAGAGUACCAUGAAGGAGCUGGAGGAGGAGGAGAGGCAGAAGAGACUGGGCCCAGGAGGUUUAGACCCCGUAGAGGUCUACAAAUCACUGCCCAAGGAAAUACAGAGGAGCUUUGAUGAGAAGAACAUUCAGAUGCUACAGGAAUCCAUGAACAAACUCGACCCGGAGGAAGGGAAAUACCACCUGAAGAGGUGCAUUGACUCUGGAUUGUGGGUACCAGAUUCAGGAGACGGUGAUGAUGAGGAUGAAGAGGGCGAGGACUAAAAUUAUAAAAGUAUUUGACAAAUAAGUUCAGACAAUUCUGAUUUAUUCGAUCAACUCUCUCCGUAUUACUGUUUUUACUGUUGCUCACAGGAAGUGAUUCAUUUUAAGUCAAGACAGAUAAGGCAACACUGUGCUAGUGAUGUAAGACGGCUGCAAACAGGUCCGGGUAUGACUGAAAACACAAAGAGGAGACCAUGAGAAGUCAUUCAGCAGUGAUGUACUGAAAUUACAAUGUACACAAGAAACCGACACAUCCAGAUAUAAUAAAAAAAAGUGUUUUCCUACUUUAGUGUGACCUCUGGCACUGGGAAGAGUAAGCUAGUUGGGCAGUUGGAGCUGGUUGCAGGUAUAACAGCACCAGCCUGCUGUUUGGAUGCGAAAUACUAGCAAUAUUGGUAUAAAUGCAACAGAUGCGUGAUUAUUUAAUAAACACAUGGGUAAUAAACACACUUCAGCGCACAUGCUGCAUGUUCAACAUGGAUGCAAAGAUCUCUGAGACACUGACACUGUUGACCGUCAUGGAAGCGAUAAUGUAGCGUCAGCUGGUCAUUAAUGUGACUUACACAGUGAGGCAGAACCAUUUCCCAUCAGAGUCUAAAACUGAGAUAACAUUCUAAAAUAAGGGUCUAAAUGUCACUGAAAAUUGCACAUCAUCAUCAAACAAUCUGUCUAGUCUGUAUCUUUUCUACUGUGGACAACAGCACCAUCUUUUGGAGGCAUGCCUUCCGUGUGAAUGUGCUUGAUACACAUCCUGUCAUGUCAGCACUUUGAGUGACUGAUUCUAACAUCCUUCCCUUCUCCUCAACUCGUGAGCUAGUCCCACCAAUCACCAAUAAGUUAUUUAACCCUAUUUUUUGCAUCACUGUCACAUAUCAAUGCUGGCAUCUGCCAUUGUUGCUUCAGGGAUCAGAGAGAAAACAUGUGCAGUCCAAUUAUAAUCUCAAAGCCAAUACAGCUUUGUAUUGAUUAGGUUUCCAGCUAAUCAUUUCGAACACUAAUUAGCCUGCCGGUUGCUUUUCUUAUUAAUGAAUAAACCAUCUGUAAAAUGUCCAAAUAUACAGUACAGUAUGUCCAUUUAAAAUGAUGAAUAACAUAAAUAAAUCAUCAUAAUCAUUGAGAUUAUCUUACAUUUUUAGAUGAAACAUAACAUAACAUUGUUAAAUGGUGUUUAAACUGUUUAGUGAUUUCAAAAAUAUUCUAGUCCAGAUUGAAAUGACAUGAAUUUAGAGUUGCAUGAGAGUUGAAUGUAGAGUUUAAUAGUUGUAUUGAGACUGUGAGUGGUGUUGAAGACCUUGCUGAAUAAACUGAUCGAACAUUUGA